AUCCAAACAGAACCCUACUGCGUUCUCAACCUGUAAGCUCCACGGAGACCCGUAAAACCAGACUCCGCCCCGAAAGCUUUUCCCCUAGCAGGCUAGCACAGUCCUAUUCGUUUUCUCUUUCUCUGUCUCCUUCACACGAAUCAAAGGGGAAGGAAUGGGCACCCAAAUGCCUACGAGCAGUGAUCGUACAAGGACAAAUUGGACGCCAGAAAUGGAACGCUAUUUUAUUGAUCUUUUGUUAGAUCAAGUGCAUAGGGGGAAUAGGAUGGGCCAUACAUUCAACAAACAAGCUUGGACUGAUAUGCUGACAAUGUUCAAUGCGUAUUUUGGAUCUCCAUAUGAUGAAAAGGUCUUGAAAAGUCAUUACACUAAUUUGUGGACGCAAUUCAACGAUAUAAAGAAUCUUCUUGAUCAGAAUGGAUUCUCCUGGGAUGAUACUAAACAAAUGGUCGUAGCCAGUCAUCCUGUUUGGGAUGCCUACAUCAAGAUGCAGGCUCAUCCAGAGUCACAGUCCUACAGAAAUAAAGCCUUGAUGAACUUCAAUGAUUUGUGCUUGAUAUAUGCACACACAGCAGCAGAUGGAAGAUACAGCCGAUCAAGUCAUGAUGUAGACUUUGACGAUGACAUUCAAGCAGUGAAUAUUGGUCUUGGAAUGAAUAGCCUUGCCCCUGCAAGUAAAGAGCAUUCAAAUAAAGACUGGACGCUAGCCAAAGACCGUUGCUUUGUCAAGCUUAUGCUGGCCCAACUUAGAAAAGGCAACAAGGUCCGUAAUACAUUCAAAAAACAAGCAUGGCAAGAUAUGCUCACCUUGUUCAAUGGAAAAUUUGGUUCUACAUACAGCAAAAGUUUCUUAAAACACCGUUAUAAGAAAUUAUUAAGGUACUAUACUGAUAUGAAGAGUCUGCUUGAGGUAAAAGGAUUUUCUUGGGAUGAAAAGCAACAAAAGAUAGCAGCAGCCAGUUAUGUCUGGGAUAAUUACAUCAAGGCACACCCAGAUGCACGUCAAUAUAAGAAGAAGACCUUGCUAAACUAUAGAGAUUUGGAAUUGAUAUUUGGAAAUGGAGUCAGCAAUGGGCAUUGCAGUCAUUUGCAGCGAGGGAAAAACUUUGAAGAUGACAUCAUACAGAUUAAGACUGGUGAAGAAAGGAGGGAGCAUUCCUCUGCUGGUAAUGAAUCUCUGAAAAUGAGCUGGACAUCACCAAUGGAUCGUUACCUCAUUGAAUUGUUACAAGACCAGGUGCUUAGAGGGAAUAAAAUUGGUCAUGGAUUUGUAGCUGAGGCUUGGAUUGAAAUGGUCAGAUUGUUCAAUGUGAAAUUUGGAACUCGCUAUGACAAAGAUCUUCUGAAGAAUAGAUACAGAUAUUUGAGGCAGCAAUAUAAUGACAUCAAGGUUCUUCUUGAACAGAGUGGGUUUUCUUGGGAUGAAACAGGAGAAAUGGUAAUUGCUGAGGAUUAUGUCUGGGAUUCGUAUACCAAGGUGCAUCCCAAUGCUCUGUCUUAUAGAGAUAAAUCUGUCCCAAGCUAUCACAAAUUAUGUGUUAUAUAUGGUGAAGAAGUUUCUAAUGGAAGAUACAGCAUUUCGGUAUGCAGUGCAGACCUUGACAGUGAAGACCGUGAUUUGAUGAUUGGAGAGGACAUCCAAGGAUGUGAAGACAGUGAUUGUUCAAGAACAGACUGGACACCCUCAAUGGACCGUUAUCUCAUUGAUGUUAUGCUAGAGGAAGUGCGUAAGGGGAAGAAGAUCGAUCUCAUUUCCAACAAUCAAGCAUGUAUAGAUAUGCUUAUGUUGUUCAAGGACAGAUUCGCUCUACAACAUGACAAAGAUUUUCUGAAGAGUCAUUAUAGAAGCUUGGAAAAGCAGUACUACGAUAUGAAAAUUCUUCUGGACCAUAGAGGGUUUUCAUGGGAUGAAACACGGCAAAUGGUCACAGCUUUUGAUGAUGUUUGGGAUGCUUAUUUAAAGGAAAACCCAGAUGCAAAAUCAUACAGAACCAAGUCAAAGCCAAAUUACAAUGAUUUGAGCUUGAUUUAUGGAAAUCCAGCUUCUUAUGGAGGGUGUAACCAAGCAGGUCGGGAUUUUGGCUGUAAUGGUGUUGGCCCCAGACUUAACAAUAGCAAUCAGUGGAGAACUGAUUGGACACCUUCGAUGGACCGAUAUUUUAUUAAUCUAAUGUUAGAGCAAGUUCGCGACGGAAGUAUGGUUUAUCAUAAAUUUGACAAACUAGCCUGGAGUGACAUGGUUGCAAAGUUUAGUGCAGAAUUUGGGUCUCAGCAUGACAAAGAUGUCCUGAAAAGUCGUUUUAUGAAUUUGAGGAAGCGAUUCAAUGACAUGAAAACUCUACUUGACCUGAGUGGAUUUGCUUGGGAUGAAAUGCAGCAGAUGAUAACUGCUGAAGAGGAUCUCUGGGAUUCUUAUGUCAAGGAACACCCUGAUGCACGAACAUACCGUAAUAGAACUCUCCCGAAUUUCAAUGAUUUGUUUUUGAUAUACGGGAAUGGCAAAUUUGGCAAAAGGAAAAAUUACUCAAGUCACACUAUGGAUGCUGAGGACUAUAAGCAGGGAGUAAAUAUUGUUGUAGGUGAAGAGGAUGACCAAUCCCCUGUUAAUAGUGAGCCUCUGAAGAUUAACUGGACAAGGCAAAUGGAUCAGUAUUUUAUUGACCUUAUGUUAGAGCAGCUGCACAGAGGGAAUAAGAUUGGUCAUACAUACAAUGAGCAAGCUUGGACUUGGAUGAUUGCAUCAUUCAAUAAAAAAUUCGGACUUUUUUGUGACAAAGAUGUAUUACAAGAUCGGCAUUUGAGCUUGAUGAAAGUGUAUACGGAUGUCAUGGAUCUCCUCAAUUGGAAUGGCUUUGCUUGGGAUGGAAGUUACCAAAUGGUGACAGCUGAUGAUGAAGUUUGGGAAGCUUAUAUCAAGGAGCAUCCAGAUGCAAUUUCAUACAAAGACAGAAUCUUAGAUGGUUACUGUGAUUUGUGCUUGAUUUUUGGUAAUGAAUGCAAGAAUGGUAGAUCAAGUUGUUUCGACAUGAAAAUGGAAGUCAAUAAUAAUACCAGUGGGAUGGAGAUUGAUGGCAUCUUUGGAGAUAUGCAAUCUCCAGCUAGGGAGUCUCAUAAGAGAAAAAAGCGGAAAUCUGCAACUUUGUCAACCUCAUCAUGCACAAAAAAAUUUCAAAGAAUCAUCAAGGAGGAGACACAAGAAGCAGUUGAGGAUAAGCCAUGUGUAGUCAAAGCAUUCGUGGGAAGUGAAGAGGACAAGGAUUACAGCUCAAUAGAAUGUAUUGUUGCAGCACUUCAAACUGUUCCAGACAUGGAUGACGGCCUCUUUUUGGAGGCUUGUGAACUCUUAGAAGAUGAGAGAAAGGCCAAGAUGUUCGUCGCCAUGGAUGUCACAGCGCGGAAGAAGUGGUUACUCAAAAAGCUUCGAUGGUAGCCGAUUUGGGUUUUGUUAGUAUUAGAAUUUUGGUACGCUUUUGAAGUCUCGUGUAUGUAAAUAAGAUCAAAUAUUAAUGUAAAGGCUUUAUUAUUAUUAUUAUUAUUAUUAUUUUUUAAUGUAAU